GCUUUUUCCUCUCUUUUGUUUUUUUACCCAUUUUUAUUCACAUGGAAAAGUCCAAUAGUGUAUUGGUAUUAGCACCAAUUACUUGCUUCUUUUGUGGCUCAAAUUAUCAUGUAUCCAGCGAUUGUGUAGGUGGCAUCUGUUAUUUUCGUGUGUAUGCGUGUGCAUUUUUAUUUUUACUAAUAUUAUUUUUAUUAUAAUCGUAAUGGUCAUUUAUUAGCCACUGUAUGUCAAACAUCAUGUAAUAAGUUUACCAAGUCACGUUGUUAUCAAACCUACCCCUCUUAAUAAUCUAUCCAUGAUAAAAGCAUGAUGCAAAAAGGAACAAGAAAGAACCUUUUUUAAUUGAUUGAAGCUAGCACUCAUUUGAACUUGUGCACACUCUCACAAAAAAAUACACAAAUAAACUAUCUAAAUUUUUAUUCUUUGGCUCUGGG